GAUAGCUGUGAGCUCCGGCUGUCCCUGUAAUGACUGCUGAGCCGGGAGGAGAGACCGGGCUGUGACUGCGGAGGGAUACGUAUGACGGGCGCUUUACUUCAGUCUUCUGUGCAUGUCCUCUUCUGCUGAAGGUACUAAACUUUAUGUUUCUUCUUGUACAGACUAUACGCCCAGUAAAUCAACAAGAUGGAGGCUCCCUGCCCGCUGUCUGCCAAAUUUGAAGGGACAUUUGCGUACUACACAGUGAAAGACAGAAUGACGCAGAUUCUAACAAAAGUGAUAGACACUGUACAUCGGAAUAAAAAUACGUUCUUUGAAGCUCAUGGGGACGAAGGAAUGGAGGCAGAGAAAAGGGCUUUGUCUUUCUUUUCCAAACUGCGGAACGAAUUGCAAACCGACAAGCCCAUCCUGCCGCUGAACGACAAGAAGCCGGACACACAGAUCUGGAAUCAGUACCUGGACUACCAGAAAACACUACUGAGCAAUGGUGAAGAGCCCAGCUGGUUCCGGUCCCCUUGGCUGUACGUGGAAUGUUACAUGUAUCGCAGAAUUCAAGAAGGGAUGUUGCUGAGCCCUCCAAUAUCUGAAUUUGACGUCUUCAGGGAUGUGAAGAAUGAAAGUUUCUUUCAGUCCCAGCAGGCGAUGUUGGCUCUUUGCAUUCAUCUUCAGGAGCUUAAAGGGAAGAUGAAUAGUCUUAGUAAUGAUGAGGUCCGGGAUGAGAUCCACAAGCUGCUGCAGGUGUCUCUAUGGGGAAACAAGUGUGACCUUUCAAUAUCCGGGGGUCAAGACAACUCCCAGAAGACCAGCGUACUGUCUUCGCUUGAGGACUUCAAAGCAUUUAUACUGGUGGAUGAUAUGGAUUCUCUCUGGAACAUCCUCUCAAGGAACAGAGAUGGGAACACCGAGUCAAGCACAAGGGUUGACAUAGUCCUAGAUAAUGCUGGGUUUGAGUUAGUCACUGAUUUUGUCUUGGCGGAUGCCAUACUGUCUUUGAACCUGGCCACGGAAGUUCAUUUUCACGGGAAGGUCAUGCCAUGGUAUGUCUCAGAUACCACAAAGCGCGAUUUUGACUGGACAAUUCAGCAGUAUCUAGCCAUCAACAACAAGUGGAUGUCAAAGUGCGGACAGACCUGGAAGGAAAACCUGAAGAAGGGACGCUGGGUCUACCAUGAACAUCUUUUCUGGACCCUGCCCCAUGAGUUCUGCACCAUGGCUGAAGUGGCUCCCGAUUUAUACACCGAACUGCAAAAAUCUGACUUAGUCUUCUUUAAAGGAGACUUGAACUACAGAAAACUUACUGGAGAUCGGAAGUGGGACUUCACUGUGCCCUUCUCUCAGGCACUCCGAUCCUUUCAUCCUGCUCCAUUGUGCAGUGUUAGAACCCUGAAGGCCGAUGUGCAGGUGGGGUUGCAAGCAGGGGUCGGAGAACGACUCUCAGCAACGGAGACAAACUGGAUGAUAUCUGGCAAAUAUGGCAUCAUCCAGUUUAGUCCUGCAGUUUGAUGCAGUUUUCUUUCUCUAGUCCCACCUAUGCUUCAGUUAGCGUGGCAUGCUGCAUAUGUCUGUUAAAGCUUUAGUAACUGAACGUCGUCGAGCUUCAGUUUACAGCAGUCUCGCUUGUCAUUCCGACAGAUGAAAAUGAAAUUAGACUUGUGCUCUUAAUGUAAUAUCUACAGAUGAGCUAUAGCUUUAAAACCAUCUGCCUAAUAGCGUGUAGGUCCGUCUUGUGCUCCUAAAACAUCUCAGAUCCGUGUGGUAUCUGGCACCAUGGCGCCAGUAGCAGAUCCAGUUAUGAAGUGGAACCUCCAUGGAUUGGAGACGCAUCAAUGAGCCUUUGACCCUGUCACCAGUUCACCGAUUGUCUUUCUUUGGACCACUUCUUGCAGAUGCUAUGACCCAGUCGCCUAGCCUUUACAUUUUGGCCUUUGUAAUAGCUAGUCAGACCCUUAUGCUUGGCCAUUUUCCCUGCUUCCAACAAAUCAACUCAAGAACUGACUAUUCUAUUACAGCCUAAGGCAUCAUACACACGAUCAUAUGUGUUUUGCAGAAUGGACAUACGGAUGUGCUGCCCUCAUUUGUUGCAGCCCCAUUGGGCUCGAAUGCAGAAAAAAAAAUAUGUUUGUGUGCAUGGGUCCCAAGGGUUGCCCAUACACAGUGCGGUUGGCAGCAGGAUCCACAUGCAGAUUACCCACACGGACACGAUUACAUCCCACCCAUCAACAGGUGCCAUUUUCAUGAGAUACUCAGUAGCUCAAGGGCUUUUUGCUUACAUUAGCCGCACUGGUUCAAGCUCCAAGGCUGAACGGAGAAUGCUUGUAGCACUACUGAUUCAUUUUUACCUAUUUUCUAAUGUAAAUAGGAUUGUUUUUAUUCAUUGAAAGUAAGCAGAGGACCAGAAAAUGGUCACCAGUUGAUACACGAUGUAGAAAUUGCAGAAUUCCCAUUUAUUUCUUCUUUAGUUGAAAGGCAUAGGAUGCGCCUUGAGAGUUUAUACUUGAAUAUUUUCAUACAUAUAGAUGCAUUUCAGAUUCCCAGGUUUUUUGGCAUAGUGUUUUUUCCAUCUCCUCUCCAUAGCCUAAGGGUGCCUGAGCGAUUUUGGUGGAAUGGGCCGAACAUCUGCCCAGUGAGAGCGCGUACUGCAAAGGGAUCUACACCCGACUCUGGCCCACAGUCUGUGUUAUUCACUAGGCGUGCAAGAAAUAUAUUCUCAAACUGAUUCAUUUUCUGGUUCUGAUGUGUAAUAAAGACUUCAUA